AUGAAAUUUUUUUGUCUCAAAUUGAUGAUUUUGGAGAAGAUUUCAAGAUCUAAAUUUGGAAUAGAAUAAUACAAUAAACAAAAAUUGUAAUUCAAACUUUAGAAAAAUUUGGAUGCCCAAACAAGAAAAUUUUUAGAAUGUUAAUUAAUAUUCGAAUACAAUAUAAAAAGUUAUUAAAAUGGCUAAACUUAAUUUAUUCAUUAAAAAGCAGGAAAAAGUGAAAAUGUAGGUUUUGCCAAUUAAAAUGGCAAGAAAUUUAAUUUUUCAAGCAAUGAAAGUUAUAGAGAUUACCUAUCAUUCAUAAUGAAGGUAGUAAAUUUAAAAAAACUAAUAAUAAAGGAGGAGAAGGCCUAUUGAGCAAUUUAUUAGAAGAAGUUGCUUUUUUUUCUAGUGCAUUUUAUUAAAUUGAAAUGUAUUAAAAAAAUAUUUAAACUAAAUUCUAAGAACAAUUUUAAUUUCGUAUUUAAGAAUUUAUUUAGAAGUUAGAGCAAUUACAAUUUUCAUAAAUUAAUUUAUAUUAGGAGACAGAUGAAAAUUUUCAUUCAUACUUGGAAAGGUUGGAAACCAAUUUAUUUAAAAGGGUAAAUGAUAUUGAGAUUACUCAAUUUAAAAUACCUAUCUUUGAUUUUCUUGAUUACUUAGAAGAUUAUUUACAAGAAAAAUUAGCCUAAAAAAGAUGUUUUUCUAACCUCAAUAUUGAAUAAGAUUUUCUAAUUCAAUAAAUAAAAAAAAUAUACUGGGAGGAGGGCAGUGAUGGAUUCAAAAAAGAAAAAGAAGAAGAAUCAAAUUUAUUAGAUAAUUUGGUCCAAAGGUUCAAAGACUUUACAAAUAAUGAAUAAUGGAAAAUUAAAUAGGGUCUUGUGUUUCCUGUAAUUUAGAUUUCUACUAAUUGUUUUUCAGAUUCUAUAACUUCUUUUUGUUAGGAAGUCCUAAUCUAAUUAUGGGUUGAAGAAAAAGAUCAAAGAGUUAGAAAUGUUUUAAAAAAUUAACACUUGAUACGCAUGUAAAUGUAGAUUUUGUCGAAAGAUUGGUCUACCUAACAUGAUAGAAUUGAAAAGAAAAUGCAGGAGAUGUCGAGAAGAAUUGAUGAAUUGUAAGAAUAAAUAUCUCAUGAAGCUAAACUUAAUUAACGAGAUCUAUAUAAAAAAAGAACUCGACGAAACAUCAAAACAAUUGGAUGA